CUCGAGCGGUGUGCAGACAUGACGUCACCUGGGAUCAGGUAUGAUAAUCUUCCACCUGAGGCUGUUUAUUUUUCCUGAUGCCUUUUAGUCUUAGGUGCACGAUGAUUAACUGUACGAGACCGGACACGUGUAAUAUGAGGCGCGAUGCCGCUUAUCAUGGCUGAGAACCGACUGUGAGGUCUGAGGAUGUCCUUCGGUGUGCGCUCGUGCGCUCGUUUCGUGCCGUGCAUCAGACCGCGUGGGGUGAAACCACGGGUGGGCGGAACCUGUGCCUUCCCCGCUAUCUGUAGCAUGUAAGGCGUGUCUUAAAACGAGUUGAUGCAUCCAAACCGAGCAAACACACCCACUCGGAGGCGACGGUGAAACACGUUCUCUGUUGGAUUUCUUCUUCUUCUUCUAUUAAAAAAAAAAAAAAAAAAAGAAUGCAGAGGAGCGAUGGGCGUGUCAACUGAAUGUCGUGUUCGGAGCGAAAUCCCUGUUUCGGAUUAACAUUGCCGCUUCAACGUGUACCGUAAUGACCCUGGUGUGUGUAUGUGGCGAUGAGCGCGUCGUCUCCAUCACCGUAGCGCGAGGACACCAGCAGCGCCACGCGACCUUCUGACGCCACGCGCGGAUUAAAGCAGAAAUCAGGACUGACGACGCAAACAUCAGCGAUUGUGUUGGCUGUGAGUUCCUGCACGAGGCCCACAGACAUGGUUUUAGAAGGAAGUUCUGAGGCCCUGUGCCCUCCUCCAUCCCUGGAGCUGCGCCCAUCAUGCAACAAGAGUCAGACAUCGCCCCCUCUAGAUCCAGGUUCACAAUCCCAUGAUGCCAUAUUUCCUGGGGACAAGGAGCCUGUCAAGUAUGGAGAGUUGAUCGUACUGGGACAUAACGGUUCACUCGCGGGUGGUGAUAAAGGGCGCAGGAGGAGUCGACUAGCCCUUUACAAGAGACCCAAAGCCAAUGGCGUCAAACCUGAUGUCAUCCACAACAUAUCCACACCGCUGGUGUCAAAGGCACUGAGCAACAAAAGCCAGCACAGUAUCUCCUACACACUAUCAAGGAGUCAUUCUGUUAUAGUAGAGUAUACACAUGACUCCAACACAGAUAUGUUUCAGAUUGGACGUUCCACAGAGAGCAUGAUAGACUUCGUGGUGACAGACAUGGCAGGCAGCAGUGGCCAGUGUCAAGGUCAGAGUCAGGGGGGAGCGGGUGGAGAUGGGGGCCAGUCUGCACAGAGCACCAUCUCCCGCUACGCUUGCCGCAUCAUGUGUGAGCGCAGUGCCCCCUACACAGCCCGCAUCUAUGCUGCUGGCUUCGACUCCUCCAAAAACAUCUUCCUCGGGGAGCGGGCAGCUAAAUGGCGGACCUCAGACGGCUUGAUGGAUGGGCUGACUACCAAUGGCGUUUUAGUGAUGCACCCUGCGGGGGAAUUUGUGUCUGAGCCUACUCCUGGUGUGUGGCGGGAGAUAUCGGUGUGCGGGAACGUCUUCGCCCUGAGAGACACACGCUCAGCUCAACAGAGAGGCAAACUGGUCGAGAAUGAGUCAAACACACUGCAGGAUGGCUCUCUGAUUGACCUGUGUGGAGCCACGUUGCUGUGGCGGAGCCCAAGUGGCCUACGGCACACACCUACGCUCAAGCAGCUUGAGUCACUGCGCCAAGAGUUGAAUGCUGCGCGUCCUCAGUGUCCGGUGGGCUUCAACACACUAGCCUUCCCCAGCCUGGUGCAGCGAGCCACUGUCGACAAGAAGCAACCUUGGGUCUACAUGAACUGCGGUCAUGUGCACGGCUACCACAACUGGGGCUUCCGCAGGGAGAAGGAUAAAACGGUGGGAGCAGCUGACAGGGAGUGCCCUAUGUGCAGGAAGGUGGGGCCCUACGUGCCCCUGUGGCUAGGCUGCGAGGGUGGCCUGUAUCUGGACGCCGGACCCCCGACACAUGCUUUCUGCCCCUGCGGUCACGUAUGCUCAGAGAAAACAGCUCAAGGCUGGAGCCAGAUCCCACUGCCCCACGGAACACAUGCCUUCCACGCAGCAUGCCCGUUCUGUGGCACGUGGCUCACUGGGCAGCACGGCCAUGUCAAGCUCAUCUUCCAAGGCCCGGUUGACUGAGACAGCAGGACUGCAUGUGAAAGAAAAAGGACAAAAGGACGCAAGGAGUAAAUGUACUAAACUGUUACUGCACCGAGAGAACAACAUGCUGAAAAAGGAGAAAAUGUUCUUGAGAGAAUAUGUAAAUAAAGGUCAUGGAAUAUAAAGCAAAUGAUUAUGCUUUUUGUCAAAUUUGUGUGGACAAGCAAAGUACUAAGGAAGUUUUCUGAGCAUGAUUUUAGGGCAGGUAGCUUGUUGUGCCUGAAAACACCCUGAUAAUGAAAUGUGUGUGGCUGGGGGCCAGGAUCUCAAAAUAUACACCAGCAUCGUAACAGACAUUGGGACCAGUGAGUAAAAAGCUGCAUCAGACUAUAUUAUAAAUACUACCCAUUUUAGACUAAUCUGUGAUGAUCCAGCAGGAUGAAGAGGCAUAAGCAGACUCUGCCCACCACCACCACCACCACCACCACCACCACCCAUCUCUUCAUCAGUUUCUGAGGGAAGUCUGAGCAGAGUGGUACAGUCGUGUCUGCAGACUGCAGCUCAUUCCCCGGCUAUAAAUAACUCAAGGUCAUCAUUGCUUCCCCACCAACACUAUGCACACUGCCCUUAGCAUGUAAUGAAAGAGAAUAGGAUAUACAGCACAGAGGCCAUUUACAGGUCAUAAGGUAACAAGAUUUAUUUACAUGUAUAUAAAUAGCUUGAUGUACAACUACUCAUUAACAAGUAAGUAAUGUAUAUAUGAGCAGUUCUUUUAAUGAAUUUAGUCUGAAGUUGGACUGGGUCUUAUUGAUUAGUACAUUAGAACCACACAUCAGUCAUGUCUCUGGACUGUUUUAAGCUAUGCAGUACAACUGAUGAUGCUUUACAGAUGAACGGUGAAACAUGUAAAAUAUUAAAGCAAACCCAGUUGACAAAACAGAAAUGGAAACAUUUAAAAAGAAUCAGUCAUAAUAAACAGAAGCAUUUCUGUAAACUCAGAAUACAGGUAUCUUAACAGCAACAGGUAUGCAUUAGUCAGUCACCCAUGACUGUAGACUGUAACUUGCCUUAUGAGGUGACAAAAUAAUCAUUAAUAUACAAGGGAAAAAAAUAGCACUGGCACCCAUUAAGUAAUCCAGAUGCAAUGAAUAUGCAAAUGACUUCAUUCCCCCGAAAAUGGCUGCUGCAUGGCCCGUGUGUGCAGUGUGGGACAUAACCGACUUAUAUUUUGCGACAGGACCAGAGGCACCGACAGCAUCCUUUCCACAUAGCCGUUUUAGCUAAAAAAAAAAAAAUCAGGCAAUCAAAGAUGUUCAUGACCCAAAAAAACCCCAAAAGCCACAAUUAAGACAUUGAUCAUUUUUAUUAUAUAUAUUUAUAAUAAUAUGUACAGAAAGAAGAAAAACAUGGUCAAACUGAGCUAUGAAAGAGAGCACCAGAGUGAGCAAGCAGAAGGAGAGGGGAAGAACUACCAGCCUGGUGCUCAGUACAAUUGUCGCCUGUGCCUUCGUCAUGCCUCGCCCAAAGCAACAUAGAGAUGUGCAAAUGACAGAAAGAGAAUAAUAAACAAUGUUAAAAAGUAAAAGCCAAACAAAAAAAGCACGCAGCAAAAUUCCAUCACAUUCAGAAGUAGACCUCCACACUUUUAAUAACGCCAUCCC